CACACAUUGUAAGAUAUUGGAGUAUAUAUUUAUAGAUAACACUAUCAAACUAUCUUCAACAAAAACCACACAAAUGAUGCUACAAGUACAAAAUAAUUAUACAAAAACGUGUGUAAAUUAAUUUAAAAAUCCAAAUCGUCCACAAAAAAUAAAAACUUACUUUCAUUGUGUAGUACGUAGACUGUAGUGCAUAGUAUUUGUUUCGACUAUAAAUAUAGCUCGAAAUAAUAAGUUUAAGCAAAGCAAACCAAAAGGGAGGCAUAUCAUAAAAACAAUUUAAAAAAGCUAAGUAUGAAUAAAAAGUUGAUAAUUAGUACUAUAAUUAGCAUUUUAAUUAGUUUAAGCAAUGUGGUUAAUGGUGAUAGUUUUACAAGCUCUUACGUGAGGCUCGAUCCUCCUUCCACUGAUAUUCCUCUUGAUAGUGAGUUCUUUGCUGCUCCUGAAGCCUACAAUGCUCCACAACAGGUGCACAUUACUCAAGGAGACUACGAUGGAAAGGCAGUUAUAAUAUCGUGGGUGACACCUUAUUUACAUGGGUCACACACAGUGUACUAUGGAACAACAAAGGGUAAAUAUACCUCCAAAGCAAAGGCAACCAAUACAAGCUAUAGCUUCAAUGUCUACAAAUCUGGACAAAUUUACCAUUGUCUUGUUGAUGGUUUGGAGUAUAACACCAAAUACUACUAUCGAAUUGGAAGUGGUCCUUCUAAUCGCGAAUUUUGGUUCCAAACACCUCCAGAGGUUGGUCCGGACUCCCCAUACACAUUUGGAUUAAUCGGUGAUUUAGGGCAAACAAUGAACUCACUUUCCACCUUGCAACAUUACAUGAAAGGUGAAGGGCAAACUGUGUUGUUUGUGGGAGAUCUUACUUAUGCGGAUAGGCAUAUCGAUGAGGCUCCACACGAGGGUGGCUUGAGAUGGGAUACUUGGGGCCGUCUUGUUGAGCCAAGCACCGCUUAUCAACCCUGGAUUUGGACUUGUGGAAAUCAUGACAUUGACUACUUUCCUAAAUUGGGCCUGCUUGGGGAAUUCAUGCAAUUUAGAGAAAGAUACCCUUCACCAUACAAGGCUUCUGAGAGCACAAGUCCUCUUUGGUAUGCAAUCAGGCGUGGUCCGGCUCACGUUAUCGUGCUCGCUAGCUACUCUGGUUUCGUAAAAUACACGGCUCAGUAUCGGUGGCUAGACAAUGAGCUGAAAAAAGUUGACAGGAAGAAGACACCAUGGUUAAUAGUAAUAAUGCACGUUCCACUCUACAACUCUAAUACCGCUCAUUACAUGGAGGGGGAAAGCAUGAGAUCUGUCUUCGAGCAAUGGUUCGUAGACUACAAAGUCGACGUCGUUUUUGCUGGCCAUGUUCAUUCUUAUGAGAGAUCGCAUAGAGUCUCAAAUUUGAAGUACAACAUAUCAAAUGGUGCAUGUAGUCCCGUGUUGGACGAAUCGGCUCCUUUUUACGUAACUAUUGGAGAUGGUGGAAAUUCUGAAGGAAUUGCGGGAGAGUAUAUAUCUCCCCAGCCUCAUUAUUCAGCAUUUCGUGAACCAAGUUUUGGGCAUGCCAUAUUGGAUAUCAAGAACAAAACUCAUGCUUACUAUUAUUGGCAUCGUAACCAGGAUGGCAACAAAGUUACUGCGGAUUCUUUUGUGUUGCACAAUCAAUAUUGGACAAACUACGUUUAAUGUGAUGGAUCCCGGAGAGGUGAUUUUCAUUAGUCAAUAAGGUCUCUAGAAGACUUGUGAAUUUAUGAUAGUUUCUUUAAGAGCGUUAUCCUGAGAUCGACCUGAGUUAUUUGGUAUUGUAUUAUAUUGUAAUUCGUAUUACUUACGUUCAGACUGGGUUUGUUUUUAAUUUCUACAUCUGUACCUUUUACGCUUAUUAUUUGCACGGGCUUCAAUGUAAUGCAAUAUUUAACCACUUAUAUAAA